CGCUCGCUCCCGCGCGGAGGUCACAGAGAGAAGACAAGGCCGAGAUGGCGCUAAUUCCAUUUUUGCACGCGGCCCCGUAAUCCCCGCGCGCGGCACGUUAAAAGGUGGCUCGCCGCCUCGGGGGGCCGCAGAGCUCGUCUUCAUCCCGUCAGACUGCCUCACCCCGCGUUGCCGAGACAAGCCCAAAAAAAAAACCCACCAACCGUCGCGGCCAUGAACGGCACGGAAGGCCCCGACUUUUACGUGCCCAUGUCCAACAAGACGGGGCUUGUGCGCAGCCCCUUCGAGUACCCGCAGUACUACCUGGCGGAGCCCUGGAAGUACUCGCUGGUGGCGGCCUACAUGCUCUUCCUCAUCGUCACCGCCCUGCCCAUCAACUCGCUGACGCUGUACGUGACGCUCCAGCACAAGAAGCUGCGGACGCCCCUCAACUACGCCCUGCUCAACCUGGCGGUGGCCGACCUCUGCAUGGUGCUGGGGGGCUUCACCGUCACGCUGCACGCCGCCCUGCGCGGCUACUUCAGCCUGGGCGUCGUCGGCUGCUACGUGGAAGGCUUCUUCGCCACGCUCGGAGGCGAGGUGGCCCUGUGGUCCUUGGUGGUUUUGGCCAUCGAGCGCUACCUGGUGGUGUGCAAACCCAUGAUCAACUUCCGCUUUGGGGAGAAGCACGCCGUCUGCGGCCUGGCGCUCACCUGGAUCAUGGCUUUGACUUGCGCCGCGCCCCCCCUGCUCGGAUGGUCGCGGUACAUCCCAGAGGGAAUGCAGUGUUCGUGCGGCAUCGACUACUACACGCCCAAACCGGAGAUCAACAACGCCUCGUUUGUCGUCUACAUGUUCGUCCUGCAUUUUGUCAUCCCCCUUGGCAUCAUCUUCUUCUGCUACAGCCGCCUGCUGUGCACCGUCAGAGCGGCGGCGCAGCAGCAGCAGGAGUCGGAGAGCACGCAGCGGGCCGAGAAGGAGGUGACCCGCAUGGUGGUUGUCAUGGUGAUCUCCUUCCUGGUGUGUUGGGUGCCGUACGCCAGCGUGGCCUGGUACAUCUUCGCCAACCAGGGCACCCAAUUCGGGCCCGUCUUCAUGACGGCGCCCGCUUUCUUCGCCAAGGGCGCCGCCCUCUACAACCCCGUCAUCUACAUCCUGCUCAACAAGCAGUUCCGCAACUGCAUGAUCACCACCGUGUGCUGCGGCAAGAACCCGUUUGGAGACGAAGACAACGGGGCGGCUGCCACCGUCUCCAAAACUCAGAUCUCGUCCGUUGCCUCCAGUCAGGUGGCCCCCGCUUGAGCUGCGCAUCCCGACUGUCUCAAAGGCUCCCGUUCUCCCGCACCCCCACGCACCCUUCUGUCCCAUCUUGGAACCCACCGACACUGUC